UCCAACAGUGCAGGUUCCUCUGUAGACUUGUUCCGCCUUCUCUAGGUUCUGCCUCCUUGUUCACUCGAGUUCAGUGAAGUGAAGGAUGAGGAAAGAUUUCAACCUUUAGUAACAGCACGAAAACACCACACUGCCUCAAAUUGAAGAUGGGAUAGAGAGAGGAAGGAAGUAGAGAGGCAGCUCGGUGGUUUGGAAUCACAUGUUUCUGGAUCCAACAUUCAGAAUGAACGUCAUCUUGUGUUUGGGAUUUGUGCUGGGUGCCCUCUCUGCUGCAGCCACGGUGAUCCACACAAAACCCGGGCAGAGCGUCACUUUGGAGUGUGGGGUUGACUCCUACAGCGGAAGGCUAACGUGGCAUCACAAGGAUCAACUGAUUUUUAACUUUGAUUUGAAGCCCGGCUUCACUCGCAAAGGCCCGGCUGCCAUUAAGCAAAGGUCAAGGCUGAAGGAGGACAAGAAUCUGGUGAUUUCUGACGUGAGGAAAGACGACGCUGGAGCGUUUACCUGCGAAGCAGACGGGCGCCGCUACGAGCACACGCUUCUUGUGGUUUCAGUGUCAGCCAGGCCCUCUGAGGAGCUGCAGCCGGGCAGUGAUGCGACGCUCCAGUGUGAGGUCACAGGCCUGACCUCGGACUCCACUGUGCAGUGGAGGGGGCCGGACGGAGGGGCCCACCCGGGGUCAGACGUCAAGCUGAAUCCUGUGGUCGCCUCGCACGCAGGGGCCUGGCAGUGUGAGUUCUCCUACGGCGGGGAGACGUACAAAGAGAAGCUCGACGUCAAAGUAAAAGUUCCUGUGACCUCAACAUCCCCCCCUGUCCUGAGACCAGGGGUCAACAAGGCGACACCGUGCCCCGGCUGCGGUGCUGACCCUCCUGGUUGGUGGGGUCCGCUCGGCUGGUGGCUGUGGGCUGCAGCAGGAGCCGGCUGCGUGGUCGUGCUCCUCCUGACGGCGCUCGUCAUUGUCUUGUGCAGGAGGAUCAGGAGACGCAAGAGAAGAUUGCAGCAAAUGAGGAAGAAUGGCCAAAGAUCAGCCAGGCCCAAGACGUACUGUCAGUGUAACUGCCGGGCAGCUGCGGAGAAACCACAGCGAGGACGUCAGAAGGCGAGGCCGUCCACCCUCGCUCUGAAGCCCCUGCUAAUGGAGUGAUGGGAGAGACGGAUAGAAGAGAGAGGGACGCGGGGAAAGGGGACAGAGGAUUAAGUGGAGAUAAAGAAAGAGAAAUGGGAAAGAGAACCCCUGCGAGCAAGUGGCCUGAAUGUAAAUGGACUUUUGAAUGCCGGUGGAAAUCAAAUCAAAAUGUAAAAGUGUAUUUCUCACCGAAUAUAAUCUGUAGUUAUUCCUCAUGCAGCAAGUAUCUCUGCAUCCUCCAGCUUCCUCACCUUCUGCCUAACAUCCAGCUGACUUCAAUAUCCCUUCUUUCUUUGGUGUUUUUGAUGUAUGCGUUGUAUAGUUUAUGUAUUUUUCUUGUUGGUUGUAAAAGGCCUGAGUAUUGUGCUGAAAUGUAUGUGUGUUCCCCCCCUCAGUCAAUAAACUAUAAAGAAACCCAA